UGUUAUUUGUUAAAUUAGGUUUAUAUGUAAAUGUGCUCAUUCACAUAAAUAGGAUAUGGAAAUGUACUCAAAAAUCGACAAAAUGACGAUGACGGAGCUCAAGGAAAACCUCAACCGAAUUGAAAAAAUUAUUUCAAAUAUCAAUUUCACAAGUAGUCUGAAGGACAAGGGUGAAAAAAUGAAACUAACCAAGGUGAAAUUAGAGAAGGAGAUACAUUUAAGAGAAACUUUACAACAAGCUGAAGAAAAGGUUGCAAACUUGUCUUUAACAAAUAACUCGGAAGUAAUCGUACAUAACACCCAGUACACUCAAAAAUUAUGUAAAGUUGAGAAAGAACCAAAGAUGUUGCGUUUCAUACCAGCACUAACCCCAAAUGUAUCAGCUCAACUACACAGUACCAAACCAAUCAAUUUGCCAGAAUCCCUCAAACUCCAAUCAGAUCAAAUUUGCUCAUAUUUUUUUAUUGCAGGCUGAGCAAGUAAGGUCAAAGCACCUUCGGCUUAUAUCAUUAGAAGCUGAGGAGACUGAUGAAGAUAUUAGCGACAGUAACGACCAGGCAAAACUAAAUGAUUCUGAAUGAUUUUUUUUAAUUAAAUUUCUCAUUUUGUUAUAGUUCAAUUGAUUACAUAAAAAUAAAGGGGU